UCCUAUUGAAAUUAGAGCAUGACUACAUCCACUUGGACCCUUCUGGCUGUCUUAAGUCUGCAAUGUAUGGCUUGAACAAAGAACUGGAGAAUGGUGGAGACGCUGGUAUCUCUUAUGUUGACUGUUUUAAACUGCUGUUGGACAGAGGAACUACAGUGAAAAUGAUGGGUGAGAUGAUAGAAGUUUACCCAUUAGCUGUUGCUUGGGCUAUACAAGCAUGUCGUCGUCGCCGCUCAUCAUCAGUAACUUCCAACGUCAUGAAUCUGAAAGAUGGGCAUUUACUGAGUAUUCCAACUAGAAUCUUGGAUAGUUCUCAUGCAAAUCUGGUUCAUCUGAAUUUCUCAAACAAUGCAAUCGAAGAGGUACCGCUGCAAUUGUUUGAUCUACCAAUGGCAAAAUUAAUCAAUUUGUCUCACAACAAAAUUAAAAAGCUGCCUCCUCCUGAGAAGUGGAAUUGCAGCAGACUUGCUUCAUUGAACAUCAGUUACAAUCUAUUGACAGGUUGUACCGAGAAUCAAUCUUGGUUUGGUAACCUUAUUGCUAAUAAAGUAAAGCCAGUGGUAGGCAGAGUAAUGAAUAAGCUUGGGCAUGUUCGUGGCUCCAGUAUUUUCAGAAGCACUGAACAUCGUGCAUCGGCAGACUGUCGUCUUGACAAGCUACAAGCUCUAGCAUCUGUCAACAUUAGCAAUAACAAGCUAGAAGCUGUUCCUGUAUGGAUCACCUUGUUGCCUGAUCUCAAGUCAGUGAAGUUUGCUGGCAAUGCUUGUUUGAAUUAUCUUCCUCCACAACUGCUACAGUACUCGAAGAACCUCAUAUCUAUUGAUGUCGAGGGGUUAAAUUUGAUUUGUCCUCCUAUGGCUGAAGUUCGUCGAGGCUCAAGCCACAUUCGAUGCUAUUUGUUUAGCCAGCUUCGAAAUGCUGUCAAUUACUGGCACAUGAGGCUUAUGCUGGUAGGCAGGUGUGCUGCUGGAAAAACCACACUUGUAGCAAGACUGAAAGGCAGGUCAUUGCCAAAAAAUUUGUCUACAGUUGGAUUAGACUUGUCUGUUUUUUCAUACAAACCAACUCACUUCAAUUUCAGCCCUCAGGUAACAUUCCAUACUCUUGACUUUGCUGGACAAGAGGAUUACUAUGCAACCCAUCAAUGCUUUUUUACUAAAGUUGCCGUCUACCUAGCAUUGUUUGAUCUUCGAAAGGGAAAAGAGGGCCUCAAAGAGCUACAGCCUUGGCUUCUUAGUAUACAUGCGUGUGUUCCUGGUGCUGUGGUGAUCAUUGUUGGUACCCACCUUGAUAUUGUCACAAAGUUAGGCUAUGAUUGUAAAGAUAUGCGAACAGAGGUUGAAACACAAUUUCUAUUUGGCCAGACUAAAGCAACUGCAGCGAGUCAUGGCCUUCCUCAUGUCAUUGACUUUCUCUGUGUAAGUUCAGUUACAGGUUUUGGUGUUCCUCAAUUGAAGAAGCGUCUGUAUGAGGCUUCAUUUUGUGUUGAUCAUCCAGACUGCAAAGAUCGCCAGUUUUUUGGUGUUCGAGUUCCCGCAUGCCAUCUUUUCAUCCAAGAGUGUCUAGAAAACAAAGCCAUGGAGUUGCUAAAGUCAAAACAAGCCCCAGUAUUAACAAAAGAAGAAUUUGUAUCACUAGUUAUUGAUCACCCUAAAAAUGACAUUCAAGAUGCACUUGAAGUUGAACAAGCUUCUCGAUUUCUGCAUGAGCUGGGAGCAAUGCUUCAUUAUGAAAAUGCAAGUGGUGAACUUCAGAACUUAUAUUUCAUUGAUCUACAGUUUCUCAGCACUGCCAUGGCAUGUAUUGUUACAUCAUCCGAAAGAAGUCUAGUCAAGAAUGGUAUUCUCCACUUUGCCACCUUGCCAUUGUUGUUCAAAGGGGGAGAGGUUCCACCUGAGCUUUAUCGCCAGUUCAUGCAGCUAUUGCAGCAUUUUGAGGUUGCUAUACCAUUAGAUAAGGAGCAACAAACUUUUCUUAUUCCUGCCAUGCUGCAUAAAAGCAAACCUUCAUAUUGUAUUCCAAAGUAUUUAGAAGAAAUGGUAGCAGUAGGUCGACGCUAUAGCAUGAAGUAUGUUCCAGUUGGCUUUUGGAGUCGCCUAAUCUCACGAAUCACAGUAUUUGCUCAUGCUGUUGGUUGCACGUUGUUGCAAGCUCCUGAAACAAUACAGAAAAAUGAAGGAGGCAACCUGUCUCUGGAGUCACAAGUAUCAGGACGGCAGUGUUGGUCUUGCUGGCAGCGAGGAAUGAUCAUUGUGAAGGAAGAUGGGUCUUUUCUUGUGUUAGAAGAUGCCAAAGGUCACCAAGGAGUUGAUGUUAUUGUAGGUGGCAACAAUGUAGAAUGCAGCAAGCUUUUGUCUACAUCAGGUCAUCAUAUUGACACUCUUUUAGGUGAAUUCUACCCUGGACUCUGCUGUAGGUCAUCAUCCACCGUAGAAAAGUUAGCAUUUUGUCCAAACUGCCUGCAGCAAUCCUGGCCACUAAUAGAUGAGACCGAUAGCUCUCUGCUCUAUAAUGUAACCGAUUUCUUGGAAAACCACGUUACUCUAUGCUGUCAUAGGUGUGAGAGUUCACUGUCUCUCAGAGAAGUUGCACCUGACAUAUUGUUGUUGGAUUUGCCAAAUCAUCUUCAUCUUCAGUCAGACAAACUAGUCUUACAGGAAACAGAUGAAAAUUGCAUUGGAGAAGGAGGUUAUGGAAAGGUUUACCGUGCUCAGUACAAUGGCGACAACAUUGCAUUGAAAUUGUACAAUACAAAAGACAGUGUCAGCGAAACUGAUAUAUACAGAGAGCUCAGAGAAGAGCUGGACAUUCUCAUCAGAAUUCACCAUGAAAACAUAGUUGCUAUUAAAGGUGUCGGGCAGAAUCCUUUGUCAUUGGCUCUUGAAUUGGCUCCUCUUGGUAGCCUCAACAACAUUCUCAAAGGACAGAGAAAUGGGCUAGCGCCUUUAGUUGCACAGUUAGUUGCAAGACAGGUUGCAUCUGGAUUAUCUUACUUGCACUCACUUACGAUUAUUUAUCGUGAUUUAAAGCCAGCUAAUAUCCUAGUUUGGUCCCUGGAUACUAAGCAGGGUGUGCUGGUUAAGUUGUCUGACUAUGGAGUGUCCAGGUUUGCUGUAGGCAGUGGACUUCGGCAGCUUAUCGGAACUGAAGCUUAUAUGGCUCCUGAAAUGUGGAAAUCAGCAGGGACAACGUAUUCUGACAAAGUUGAUAUUUUUGCAUAUGGACUUGUUCUGUUUGAACUAGUGACUGGCUUGCAGGCUUUCUGGCAGUUCAAAAAUAGAUGGGACAUUAGAAGUGCUGUUGAUAGUGGUUUUCAUCCAUCGUUGACUAAAGCAAUAGCACAGAACACGGAGAAAUAUCACCAGCAAGACAGCGACAGUUGUAGCGAAGAUGAAGAUGAAUCUGUAAGUGAAGCUACAGAAGACUCUGGAAUCAAUGAAUAUGAAGAUAAAAUUAAACAAGAGCAAGACCAAAGGAGCACAUGGAAAUUUUCAAUCAGUCUAAAGCUUCCAGUAGAUUCUCAAAACAUGUCUUCUACAUCUGUCUGUGAUCACUCAUCUUAUGUUGAAUUUUCCAAGAAAGAAGGCUCAGGAUUCACUGUUACUUUUGGUAAGCAAACAUCAGAAGAGGCUGAAGCUAGUGUUCCACAGUUAAAUAGUUUGAAGCCUGCUACUGUUUGCCAUCCAUUCAUUCAAUAUCUCUUCAAUAAAUGCACGUCAGUGACUCCAGGAGAAAGACCGCCUGCUGCAGAGAUCAAUUCAUACCUGGCUUUAUACCCAACGAAGUAUGUGAAGUUCAACAGUGAGCCCAUACGUCUGCCAGUUGUCAAAGUUGCUCCAUGUAGUCUGUCAGGUGGCAUAUCAGAUGAGCUCUUGAGUGGUAAUACAGUCUUGCUGUAUGGUCCAAGAAUGUGCUGUGCAGUCAAACAAAGCAAAUCUAGUAUCCUAACUGUAGCUCAGAUUCCCCUUCAAGCUCCAUUCUCAGCACAUUGCACAGCUAUUGCUGUAAUGGGAGACAAAAUGUGGGUGGGUUGGUCUAUCAGCAAUGAUCAGCACUGGGUCACUGUCUACAGCACUAAAGAGUUGGAAACAAUUGUAACUAUCUCCAUGGAAGACAGCACAAUGUGUUUUGCUCAAAUAGAAAAACUGUCUACCACAGACAGUGCAAAGGUUAUAGCUGGUUUAUGCAACGGUGUGGCAGUCACUCUCUACCUACAAGAGAACAUGCUGUACACAAAGUCUCACUUUCAACUUGGUGAUCCUGAUCAGCCUGUGACUAGCUGUUGUUACGAGCAAACGUCACAAAUAGUCUGGAUAGGUUGCAGUACCAAUAUUUUUCUGUUGAAUACUACUGCCGACAGAGUUGUGUUAUCGUGGUCAACAAAACAACAAUCAUAUAGUACUCAGAGCCAUAUAGAAAAUUUGUUCAACUCUUCUGUUGGUGUUUGGAGUCAAGUUUGGGAAGGUAUCACACUUAAGUCAUGGGAUGACUCUGGUAGCUGCUGUCAUGAGAUAACACUAGAAAUACCCAACGAAGACACCAAGGAUAGUCACUUUUUCACUGCUUCCGCUAGCACAGAUUCUUACCUGUGGGCUAGUACAUCUAAUGGCUGGCUACUGGCUUACAGCUUCCCAAGUCUGACUCUUCAAGCCAAAGUUGUGCUUUACUCAAAGUUGAAUAUUCUUGUUCCAUUUGAUAAGACUUCAUUGUUGUCGGUUGGGACUAUCAAAGAUGAAGCAGUAGAGGAAGGGACAGACAACUCACAGACUCUCUUGCUGUGGAAGCAUGUCACUUCAGUGGAUUAG